AUGAGCUUUCUGGACAAUACCCACCCUGGUGGAAGCAAUGCCGCCAGCACUAAGCUUCAGGAGCACUUCCAGCUUUGGGGGGUCGUAGGCGUCAUGGCUUCGUCUCAGGCAACCUGCAUAGUUAUUGGUACCUUUCUCUCCCUCAUCGUCGGAGUUGGUGGCCCGCCGGCCUAUAUUUGGGGCUUCAUAACGACCGGCUCCCUCAGCUACAUGGUGAUGCUUUCUCUAGCUGAGAUUUGUGCCGUUUACCCAUGCUCCGCUGGUCAGAUAUACUGGAGCGCGAUACUUUCGCGGGGCCGUCCGAAUCGCCUUGCGAGUUACAGCUGUGGAUGGAUCAGUGCCUUUGGGUGGUUCUUGUAUACAGCAGGAACUAAUAUGAUGAUUGCUAACUUCAUUUGCGCCGUCAUCAUGGUUUACUACCCAUCCAUGAGCUUCGAGACCUGGCAGACAUACCUGAUCAAUGUCGGCAUGGGCAUUCUCACCUUUCUCUGGAACGGGCCGUUUUUCAAGCUCUACCAGAGGUCAACUACUGGAUUCACCUACAUCUUCACUCUGGGCGCUCUCUUCAUCUUCAUCAGCUUGCUCAUCCGGGUGUCGCCGAAACAGUCCCCUCGCGAUGUUUUCCUUCAUAUCAUCAAUGACACAGGCUGGAGUAGCGACGGCAUUGUCUUCCUCAUUGCGACUAGUUCCCUCACGUCAUGCCUUAGCGCCUUCGACACGGCCACUCAUCUCGCAGACGAAGUACGGGAUCCAUCCCGCACGCUACCUCUCGUUAUGAUCGGCUCUACCACAAUCAACUUCAUAUGCGGAAUCGCAAUGACGAUAAUGUACAUGUUCUGCGUGGUCGAUAUAGACAAGUUGUCUGACCCAGUGGAGCGGAAUCCCCUGGUGCAGCUACUGGCCGAUUCCCUACAGAACGACACAUUGAUGAUGAUAUCGAGUUGCAUCGUCAUCAUCGCCAUGACCUGUGCGGGAGCCUCAACGCUAUGCACCGCUAGCCGGACUUGGUGGGCUUUCGCGAGACUGAACGGUACACCCUUUCCCUCUUGGCUGGGAAAGAUCGAUGACCGAGUCAACCUCCCAAUGAAUGCACUGUACACCUUGACAGUUCUGGGAUUCAUGUUCACCGCAAUAAGUAUGGGCUCAACUACGGCUUUGAACGCGGUCAUGGGCGGCGGAGGUGUCUGCGUCUACCUGUCCUACGUGUUCCCGCUGAUACAGUUGCUUUGGGCUGGCAGAGAUGUCCUACCAUCCAACCGUUAUAUUAACCUUGGGCGAGUGGGGUGGGUUCUGAAUGUCAUCAGUGUGACCUGGAUUAUCUUGAACACGAUCUGGCAGUGUUUCCCUCUAUAUCUCCCCGCUACUGCCGGUUCAAUGAAUUAUGCCGCCUGUAUUAUUAGUGGAAUUGUCUUACUGGCAGUGGGGAACUGGCACUGGAGUGGUAAGCGCCUAUAUACAAUCCCUGAGUGGGGUGUUUCCGAAGGCGUUACUGUUUCUGAAGGGGACCAGCCUACGACAACUGAUACUAAGGAAGAUGUUUGA